GUAAAACUCCCCCCGCCCGGGUGAUGCGCCGUGUGCUCUGGGUCACCAGCAUCUCAUCUGUGCCGGCAGCCGCGGGGGCCUGUGGGGGCUUCCUGUCCCGGCCUUCGGGGCGCUUCUCCAGCCCGUCCUACCCCGGGAGCUACCCCAACAAUGCCCGCUGCGUGUGGGACAUCGAGGUCCAGAACAACCACCGCGUGACCGUCGUCUUCAGAGAUGUGCAGCUGGAGAGCAACUGUAACUACGACUACAUCCAGGUGUUCGACGGCCCCGCCCUCAGCUCCCCGCUCAUCGCCCGGGUCUGCCACGGCUCAAGGGACUCCUUCACGUCGUCCUCCAACUUCAUGUCCAUCCGCUUCGUCAGCGACGGCAGCGUCACCCGCAGCGGGUUCCAGGCCGAAUACUAUUCCCGUCCCUCCAACCACAGCACCAGUAAGUCCCAGGCUCUCGGGGCGGGGUGCCUGCCCCCCCACCCGGCACCCGCAUAGGCGGGACACCAGACCAGAGCCGCCGGCAGGUCCGCGUUCCGGAUCUGCUGCCAGAAGGGACCAGUGGACGCCGUGCCCAGGGCGGAAGUGGCCCUGGCGGGAGGCCUGUGACCAGCAGAGUGA